CUUUCACGGCCGGUGACGAUUCUCCUCCGAUCCCCCCCUCUCACCUACACGGCCACAAACACCACCGCGCGCUAGUCUCCCCGCCGGCCGCGAUCCCGGCCAUGCCGCCGCUCACGCCGCCCAAGUCCGGCGACGCACUCUUCUCCAGCGUCGAGCGCGUCAACGCGGAGCUCUUCACGCUCACGUACGGCGCCAUCGUGCGCCAGCUGCUCACGGAUCUGGAGGAGGUCGAGGAGGUCAACAAGCAGCUCGAUCAGAUGGGUUAUAAUAUUGGAACUCGGCUGGUCGAUGAAUUCUUAGCCAAGUCAAAUGUAUCAAGGUGUGUUGACUUCAAGGAGACUGCCGAUACUAUUGCAAAGCUUGGAUUCAAAAUGUUCCUAGGUGUGACUGCAACUGUAACCAAUUGGGAUGCUGAGGGUACAACUUGUAGCUUUGUGUUGGAGGACAACCCACUUGUAGAUUUUGUUGAGCUUCCUGAUACUUGCCAAGGCCUCCAGUAUUGCAAUGUGUUGAGUGGAGUUAUUAGGGGAGCACUGGAAAUGGUUUCCAUGAAGACGGAGGUUACAUGGGUCCGUGAUAUGCUUCGUGGGGACGACGCCUAUGAAAUGCGGGUGAAGCUCACCAAGCAAGUCCCAGAGGAAUACCCCUACAAGGAUGACGACUAGUUCCAUCUCAGCGAUAGCCGCGUGCUGGCUCUCUGUUUGCUCACCUUCUGGAUUUUCCUUUUGCUUUCCUUGUGGCUGUAAUUCUGGCAUGGCAUGAUGUUUUACAUGAAGCGCCUGUGCGUUUUAUUUUGCAGCUGCAUUGUGUAUGUACUGCCGAUGUAUUAUAGAGACCUUGUAUGGUUUUCCUGCUUUUGAUCUGUUGGAUAAAUUUGGCCAGAGCAAAUCUUGGUACUGGCAAAAUUUGGCCUA